UCCUCAGCGGCCCUGUGCGGGUCAGACAGGAACAACAUGGCGGCGGGAGGAGCGUUAGCCUCGGGACCAGUCGUUGUCUGAAAGACUGGAGAUCCGGCAGGAUGAACCUCUGCGCUCAGUACCUCCGACAGGCAGAGGCCCUGAAGGCUGACAUGACAGAUUCGAAGCUGGGGGCGGCAGAGGUGUGGACGUCUCGGCAGGCCCUGCAGGAUCUCUACCAGAAGAUGCUGGUCACAGACCUGGAGUACGCUCUGGACAAGAAGGUGGAGCAGGACCUGUGGAAUCAUGCGUUUAAGAACCAGAUCACCACGCUGCAGAGCCAGGCCAAGAACCGAGCCAACCCCAACCGCAGCGAGGUGCAGGCCAACCUGUCGCUCUUCCUGGAGGCGGCCAGCGGCUUCUACACGCAGUUACUGCAGGAGCUGUGCACCGUGUUCAACGUGGACCUGCCGUGUCGCGUCAAGUCGUCUCAGCUCGGCAUCAUCAGCAAUAAACAGAGCAACACCAGCGCCAUCGUCACGCCGCAGCCCAGCUCCUGCUCCUACAUCUGCCAGCACUGCCUCGUCCACCUCGGAGACAUCGCACGUUAUCGUAACCAGACCAGCCAGGCGGAGUCGUACUACCGACACGCCGCUCAGCUGGUCCCAUCAAAUGGUCAGCCGUAUAACCAGCUGGCCAUCCUGGCGUCCUCUAAAGGAGACCACCUCACCACCAUCUUCUACUACUGCCGCAGCAUUGCAGUCAAGUUCCCCUUCCCUGCAGCCUCCACCAACCUGCAGAAAGCCCUGUCCAAAGCUCUGGAGAGCCGUGACGAGGUGAAAACCAAGUGGAGCGUGUCAGACUUCAUCAAGGCCUUCAUCAAGUUUCACGGUCACGUCUACCUGAGUAAGAGUCUGGACAAGCUGGACGGUCUGAGGGAGAAGCUGGAGGAGCAGUUUCAGAGGCUGAUCCUGCAGAAAGCCUUCAGCUCUCAGCAGCUGGUCCACAUCACUGUCAUCAACCUGUUUGAGCUUCAUCACCUCAGAGACCUGACGGCUGACGGCAGCGAGCAGAGUUACAGUAGCGAGCAGCAGAUCAGCUGGUUCCAGCUGCUCGGCCUCUUCAUGUCCUUCCUGGGUGUGAUGUGCAGCCGAGCUCUGUUCAACAAGAACCGCGGGGAGGAGAUCAUGGGCGAGUGUCCUCUGCCGGCCAUCAAAGUGUCUCUGGACUGGCUCAAACUGAGACCCAGCGUCUUCCACGAGGCCGCCGUGGACAAGAGGCAGUACAUCUGGCCCUGGCUGGUCUCCAUCCUCAACAGUUUCCAGCCCAAAGAGGACGACGUGUCCUGUUCCUCAGUGACGCCCCUGCCAGAGGAGUUUGAGCUCCAGGGUUUUCUGGCUCUCCGGCCCGCUCUGAGGUCUCUGGACUUCACUAAAGGUCAUCAGGGCAUCCUGGUGGACAGGGACGGCCUGCCGGUCCACACCCGCCACCAGAGGCUCAUCAGUCUGGGGAAGUGGGUGGCCGACAACCAGCCGGGGCUGAUCCAGUGCCACGUGAGCGAGGAUGGCCUCCUCAUCUUCAUCACCGAUAUUCCAGAGCAGGCCAUCGAGGAGCCGCAGGAGAAGGAGGCGCCGGUGCUCCAGGAGUCGUCCAACGGCGAGCAGACGCCCAUCGACGGCGGAAACACGGGGCUGAAGUCGGUGCUGUCGGCGGGGAAGACGCAGAGCUCGUGGCCGGACGGUAGCGACCGGCCCGUCGUCACCUUCAAGGAGAACAUCAAACCCCGAGAGCAGAGCCGCGAGCCGACGCGCAACCAUCACCAGAAGGACGGUGGUAAGGAGCGCCGGGACUUCACCAAAGGCAACGGGGCCGCUGGGAAAGGAGAGCUGAAGAGAGACGGGAAGAGGAAGAGUGAGCUGAAGAAAAGCGGCCACGAGAAAACUUCUGAUGCUGGAAAACAGGUGAAAGCGCAGGUGGAGCUGAGGAAGACUCCGGUGUCUGAGGCGAAGAAGACUCCCGUCACUCAAACUCAAACCACCUGCUCCUCCCAGUUUAUCCCCAUCCAUCAUCCUGGAGCGUUCCCACCCCUGCCCAGCAGACCUGGUUUCCCUCCCUCGGCCUACGUGAUCCCUCCCCAGGUGGCGUUCCCGGGGCUCCAGGUGAACCCGGGCUUCACCUUCUCCACCGGAGUGUCCGUCCCCGGACCUUUCCUCCAGCCGGCCGUCCACACUCAGGCCGGCACCCAGGUCCAGGCCGGGAAGCAGUCCCACAUUCCCUACAGUCAGCAGAGGCCCUCGGGUCCGGGUCCGGGUCCGGGUCAGGGGCCGGGGUCCUCGGGCCAGGGGCCGGGGCAGGGACCGGGGCCCAUGAAUCAGGGGCCCUCUCAGGGUCAGCAGCCCCAGGCCCAGACGCCCUCCCAGCAGGCCUUGCAGCAGUCGGUGCAGCUGCAGGUGCAGGUGAUGAGCCAGCAGCAGCAGUCGCCCACCAAGCCGGUCCAGCAGGUCGGGAUGGGCAAGAGUCCACCUCACCACCCAGGGCUGCAGCAGCAGUACAUGCAGGUCCAGGACCAGCCGACUCAGAUGUGGAACCAGGCCCAGGCAGCCCUGCAGAAGAUGCCCCCCAUGCAGAUGUCGAUGAAGCAGCCUCAGCAGCAGCAGCAGCAGCAGCAGCAGGCCUUCUACAUGGCGGCUCAGGACCCUCUCAAACUGUACGAGCACCAGCUGCAGCCGCCCGCUCAGCCGCAGCUCUCCAACAUGGACAAGAAGAUCAAGUACCCCGACGUCAAGAUGCAGGACUUCUACUGGGAGCCCUCAUACAGGAUGGGGGACGGUCUGGCCGUGAUGGCCGACAGGAUGAAGAGGCCGGGCGGUAUGUGUUCGGAGCAGGACGCCGCCGCUGGGCCCCGCGGACCCCCGUUUGAGGACAACAAGAGCUCGCCUCUUCUACCUCCUGACCUGUUAAAAACUCUAGCUGAUUUUGAGGAGGAGGAGGAGCUGGUCUUUACUAAGCCUCCUGAUUUCUUCCAGGCCUUGGCUGGCCCUCUUAGCACUGCUCCUGGACCAAACAUAUUUCUGCCAAACCAGGCCAGGAUGGAGGGCGGCCCCGAGGUCGUCAGCCAAUCAUCUUCUCUCCUGCCCAUAUCUGGCUUCCCCAUGCAGGAAUACAACCAGAACAGCAUCUUCAGUCAGGCGUACGGCAAGAACCUGCCGCCCAGCUCCAAGCCCGACGCUCCCAUGAUGCACCAGGAGCCCUCCCUCUACUCCCUGUUCGAGGGGACUCCCUGGUCCCCCUCCCUCCCCGCCAGCUCAGACCACUCCACCCCGGCCAGCCAAUCCCCUCACUCCUCCAACCCCAGCAGCCUGCCGUCCUCCCCCCCCACACACAACCACGGAGCAAUGCCCUUCUCUAACUUCGGGCCCAUCGGUACUCCGGACAGCCGCGACCGCAGGGUGGUGGACCGCUGGAAGGCCGAGAAGCCGGGAGCCGUGAGCGGCUUCGGUCUGGACUACCUGCCGGCUGCAGCUUCCUCUGCAGCUUCAGACACCAGCUGGCACCAGGCCGGACCGACCGGCAGCUCCUGGACCAAUCAGGAGUCUCCAAUGGAGGAGUCGUCCUCCACCGUGCUGCUCGACAGCCUCAAGUCCAUCUGGUCGAGCUCCAUGAUGCAGCCGGGCCCGUCGGCGCUGGAGCAGCUCCUCCUGCAGCAGAAGCAGAAGCAGCAGCGAGGUCACGGCGCCAUGAACCCGCCUCACUGAACGGCCGGCGAGGCGGCGCUUUGUGUCCGGACGUCAACGAAACCACCACCAGGAGAAACGGGAGGAAAAAAAACAGUUUGACGAAGACGAGCUCCAACUAAAAAGGGAAAUUAAACCGGCGAGAGAGAGAAACGGUGGAGGCUGGGGAGGCGAUGCGACCCCCCAAAGAGGCUGAAACACCAACCCCCCCACCCCCCUCGGCUGUCGAGGAGCGGUGACGCCCCUCCUGGAUCGGAGGGCGCGGGAUCUCUUCAUCCGCGGUGCCACGCGCCACGCCACCGCCGGGUUUCCUUCAACCCGCGGAAAUCUGAACAUUGAGGAACACAAACCCCCCCCUCUCACCACCACUACUGCCCCCCCCGGUUUGGACAGACACCACAUCUACACAACUCCUCUCUCAUCUUUGUUUGGAACAAAAAAAUAAAAUAAAAUUAACCGACCUGCUGGACGUCUGCUCGGUGCGGGAAGAGCGCCCGUUUUUUAGCGUCUCCGCCGCUGCAGACUGAAGCAGGGGAGCGUCAUGAGAGAGCGAGGACGGUGUGGUGGUCGGGUUCAGGGGGGAGGAGGUCAGGUGAAGCAGCGGGGGACAAAAAAACAGACUGGACUUUUUGAUCUCUCCAUUCAUUUUCAUUAUUGUGGAGGAGGAGGAGGAGGAGGAGGAGGGAGGCUCUCUGUAGCUGAUUGGUUGAAUGAAGGAAGGAAAGGAGGAACAAACAGCUAUAUAAAUAUAUAAAUAAAUAUAUAUUGCCAUAGUUGGACUUUAAACGGGCCUCGUCUCUUAGUCGUGUGGUGAGAACCGGGACUGGACGCUGCUUUGCGAAGCAGCCAGGCGUGAAACUCGCCGCUGGCUCGCUCGCUGGCCGUCCGUCCUGUUUUUUGAAGGAGGAGGAAGAAGAGGCGCGAGGACCCCCCCGAAGGGACGCCGUCGUGAUGCCAGUAAACACAUCACAGCUAAGACAGAAGGACGAGGGAGAGAGAGGAGAGAGGGGGGGACAAAGAACAAAACAACCCCGUCAAACUUAGGGAUAGUGUUACUGUUAGCUUCAAGAGAUUGCAGAUAUUAACAAAAAAAACAAAACAAAAAAAAAAAAAACAAACCUGUAUUUUGUGAUUUGUUCGUAGCAGUUUUAGCUUCACGCCCGCUGAGGUGAACACAGGUAUGUCUUUUAGCUUCCUGCUUGAAUAUUUUUCGGGGGUUCUCUUCCUCUCUUGGCCUCUUCUUCCUGUUAUUUCUUUGAUUAAUGAAGAAAAAAAACAAAACAAACAAAAAAAAAAAACCAACGACUGCUAAACUGUAACCCUGCUCGCUUACUUAACCUGCAUUAACUGUUCUUUUUGUUCAUGUUCUGCCUUUUUACUAGUUUUAAGCAGCUCCGUCGGCUCUGCUGUGCCUGCUGCUCGCUGUCCAAGUUACUACUGACUGCUGUACAGGUGAACGACAGACAGACAGACAGACAGACAGACAGACAGACAGGUAGCUGACUCAGCCUGAAUGUUUUCCACUAACUCUUCUUCAGUAACCACUACUGCAGCUCGCCCCUGUACAGCAGUGUUUUUAUGAAUCGUAGGUCGUAACUAAAGCCCCCCCCCCCUUUUUUUCAACCUGAAAGGAACCAGGAACUGUGGAGCCACAUGGACUCAACUCAGGAACUAAAAGUCCACAUUUGUGCAGGAACAUUUGAUGAACCUGAAAAAUUAAGCAAUUAGGUUAAAAAAAAAAAAAAAAAAACUACAAUUUUCACACUUUGUGGUUUAGUUUUUGCCCUGAAUUUAGUUUGACAGGCAGCGAUAGUUCCUGAACCAUCAGACAGCACUGCUCUGUAGAGAAAACACUUUUUUUUUUUUAGGUUCAGGAACUCAAUUUAAAGUUCCCUAAAAAGUUCCUGUGGUGGAAAAAAACGGGCUGCUGAGUUCUGCUGAGUUGGGUCAGUGGAGGGUUUCUGUGGUUUCACUCUUGUAGGACCUUUAUAUACUGUCAGUCCUGGUUGUUUAAGAGCCAAUCAGAAAGCAGCGGGUGACAGCUGACCAAUCAGGAUGCUCAGAUGCGCCCUACCCCCCCCCCCCCCCCCCUCCAUGUUCAGGCUUUGGACUGCAGCACUGUAAGUAAACCCCUGUCCCGUGUAGACCAGCAGGAAGCUGUUUUCUAUCUAGAACGUGUAACACACUCAUCGUUUAGUUCCAACGGAUUAAAAAAAAAAAAAAAAAAGCCUGUUUUUAUUUUCCCGUCGGGGGCGUUUUAUUAAAGCAGACUUCAAAGAGACGUGUCUAUUUUCCGUGUGAUUGUGCUUUUCAUGUUGCAUUUACAAAAAUGUAUUUGAAAAAUAAAGAUAAAAUAUUAUUGAAUGUGAGAGGACGAAUUUGGCCAGAAGUGUCGAGGAGAGAAACUCGUGGAUCUGAGCUGGACUGGUUCUGGUUGCCUUUUUUUUUUUUUUUUUUUUUUUUUUUGAGUAAGAACUAAAUGGACUCGGAUCUGUCGAUGACAUUCCACUCUGUGAGAAGUUUGGGAGGUUUUCAGGGCGGCGAGUCCUCGUUUUGGUCAGAUCUCUUUUUGGUGGAUCUGAGAGCUUCUGAUGGUUCAGAUCUGAGCUUUGACUUCUGAGGCUUUUUUUUGUGUUUCUGUCUCUCUGUAGACUUUCAGAAGUGGUGGAAUCAGCCUUUCAAUAAACGUUAACUAUGUUCUCCCUUGA